CUGGAGGUGACAUCACAUGUGUCUGAUCCACCCAGAAAAAUGAAGCCCCCUGUGCGCAGACGCACUGCUCCCCAACGCUUUGUGGUGUUGGACUCUGCCCCAGCCCGUGUGGCCCCGAUACGCCUGGCGUGGCUAUGCAAGGAGAAAAUGGAACUUCUGAGAGGUCUCAAGGCCCAGGUGGGCCAAAAAGUCCCUGACCCGCCGGUCCAAGGGCGGAGCAAAUCAGAGGUAUCCUCGUAUAUAGCUUGGUUGCGUAGCCGCGCUGCCCGGGAGGCCGUCCAGACCGUCUACGAGAAAUGGGUGCAGGACAGGAAGGCUGAAGAGGCCGAAACCCCGGUGCCCAUUGAGUUAUGGACGGAUUUAGUGUACCGGAUGUCCAAGCCAACAGAAGAAGCCUUGACUGCUGCCUUCUCACAGAUGUUGACGAUCGCGUCCACGGAACCGUUGACUCUCCGGCAUUCCAUACCCUGUAAAGAGCCCCGGAAGCGCGCUUCCCGCUCCAAUAGCCCUGCCAUGAACAGCUCUCAGCAGGAAAAGCCCUCAGGGGAGGGGCCUGCUCCCUCGGGGGUUGAGCCAGUGGCUGUGGAGGAGGCGGCUGAUGGUCGGUGGAAGAAACUAGACUUUGAGAAGAUUUAUAAAUACCUUUCUAAGGCAUCUAUGGGGGAGACCCUUCCGAAGCUGUCUGAAUGUGAAUCGGCAGUCGUCCUUAAUCUCCUGUACUGCAUCCCAGGCCAGCUACAGACUCUGAAUGCUCAGGCUUUAUGCGACGCUCUGCGUGAUACCUACACAGAUAUGAACAAGCCAACCAAAUCGGAGAAUUCAGAGCAGGAAAGUGCCGCGCUGGGCUCACAGGCGGCGGACUGGAAAGAAUUGGGCUUUUGCCCCUUAAAUCCUUUAAUGCUGCCUCUUGAAGUUUUGAAACCUAAAUAGGAAACUGUGGCGCCUCCUUGAAACUCGGCUCUCUGGUUUGAGAGUGUUUUGCAAGACGAGCAACAUUUUUUUUUUUUUUAUAAAUUUGGACUUGAUAUACAAGCGAUGUUUUGAUAUGUUUUGGUAUGUUUUGAUAUGAGUAGCGUCAUGUCACAACUGAGUAUAAAGAGAAGAGAGGCGCCUCUAAGUGUAGCAAUAUGGUUACAUUUAA